GUUCAUUGAAAAUCAUCCAACUUUCAGAGUGCCCUCAACUUGACGAUUCUUCUCUGAAGAUUAAACAAUAUGCUGAAGAUAUGACGGGAGGGGACGAGCUUAAGGUCGAAAUAUUUUGAGCACCAACAGAACAGACCUUGAGAACUAGAAAGGAAGGCACGAGAAGCUACUUUGGAAAGUUCAAUCAUGGGAAGAGGGAAUAAUGGAGAAAAGAGAGGAGGAAGAGAACAACUCAUCGCGGCUACCUCAGCAAAGACAGCCAGGGAUGCACUGCACAUCACCUAUGCGAACAAGUCUCAAACCAGAAUUUUCAGUCUGCGUGAUCGACUUAUGAGUCUAACCAAAGAAUCCCAGCCAGUCACCAAAUAUUUGCAAACUAUUUGGUCAAUUUUUGAUGAACUCUCUACUACUGGUGCUCCGGUCUCCAACUCUGAACUUAUUGUCAAGAUCCUCAGUGGUUUGGGUCCAGAGUUUCAUGAGAUCUCUACUGCAAUCCGUGCUCGGGACUUCACUAUUACUUAUGAAGAACUCUACGAAAAGCUUCUGGAUUAUGAGCUUUUUCUUCGACAUGAAGAGUCAAAAAAAGGUCCCAAUCAGAUUAAUGUUGCUGCUGCUACCUCUGCUACAACCUCCAACAUGCCUGGUAAGUCGAACAAUCACACCAAUCGUCGCCCCAACAAUAACAAUGGCAACAACCAAUAGUGGCGAUCCAAUAAUCACUUUACUUCACCCAAUCUAUGACGAUCUUCGACCACCAACAACUCUUCUAAUGGUGUUCACUGUAAGUUGUGUAAUAAACCAGGUCAUGUUGCAAGUGUUUGUCGAUAGAUUCUCGACUCCAACGCGUCUCAUCACAUCACUGUUGAACCUCAAAAUUUGCAGCCAUACAAUGGGAUGGAGUAGGUCUCCAUGGGUGAUGGUAAAAAAAUACCAAUAACUCACACUGGUUCAACUCAAUUAAAUGCAUCAAAUAAAUCUUUCAAACUCUCUAACACUCUCUGUGCUCCUAGCAUUAAACGCAAUUUACUCUCUCUCUAAAUUUUGUCAAGAUAACCUAACCUCUAUUGAAUUUUUUCCCUUUCAUUUUUUGUGAAGGACUUGAAAACGUGGACUCCGUUGGUGCAUGGUCAGAAUAAGGACGGUCUCGAUGAGUGGCCAAAUUUACCCUCCAUAUCUUCUCCUCAUGUGCAUGUGACCUCUACCAGCACAUCCAUUUCUACCUGACAUAGUCGGUUAGGUCAUCCGAAUGCAAGGCUAUUAAGUUUUCUUUUUAAUAAAUUCUCGCUACCUUGCUUGCGAGAAAAAAAUUUAAUUUGUAAAUCAGAGCAGUACGAUAAUU